AUGUGCGAUAUAAGUACAGUAGAACAACUGCUGGAAAUUGCGAAACACGGUAAAUUUUUCCACAAAAUGCAGAAGAAUGCAAGAAAAGUGGAAUUUCAGCUGCUGAAAGUGGAGAAACGUUAAAAUUCGAGUACAAAAAGCACAUUGGCUUCCUGAUUCGCCAUCUCAACGUAUUUCCGCAACCGUACAAUAGUCUUGAGACGGCAAGGUGAGCUUUUGAAGAACAACUGCAUUAUUUAGUAGAAAUACGUGGUUUUUCGUUCAGAAACACAAUCUUCCUGUUCGCCAUCUCCUCGCUGGACCUGCUGGGCGAACUCGACAAUCUUCUGACGCCCGAACGCCGCCAAUCCUACAUUGAUUGGAUCUACGGCCUCCAGUUCACCGACGGUGAAUUUUCCGAAAAAUUGCCACGUUUUUGACCUUAUUUCCGCAUCAGAACGCAUCAAAAUAACCCCUUUUUCGCUAAUUCUCUUGUUGACUGUUCACUUGUGUUGUUAUUAUUUUUUGUUGCUUUUUCUCCGGAAAUGAGUGCUCCGGCUCUUUAUUGUGCUCCGGAAGGCCGCGAUUUUGGUGCGCGGUGGUACGGACAACGUGGAUUCGGUGGCCUUUUGGAGGAUUUGAGUGGGCCGGACGACGGGACCGCCCACUGGAUUCCCCAGUACAAUUUGGAGGCGUUUUGGCGGUGAGCUUUGCAGAAAUUGGGAGAUAGUGAUGUCUUUGGGGACUUUGACCAGAAGAAUGCGGGUGUGUUUCUGGUUUUGAGUCCGCAAUAUCAAUAUUGCGUCAUCGCUAGCCCGUAGACCGUCGGCUGAUUGGUGGGCGCCGCGGACGCCGCCCUCUGUCGGCUUUCCGGCUGACAUUUCGCGACGCCGACGGAAGAAUACUACAUCUUCCCAUUUUUCUUCAUAAAUGGGUUCAUCACACCCUUUACUUGCAAAGAGCAAUAAGAAAUUUGCAAAAAACUCUCGGAGACACUACAAAAACUGCAAUUUUCGAGUAGAGAUUGGCGCUACAAAGGAGAAUCGAAUUCAUUUUAUUCUUUUUCAUUGCUCUUUGUUUUCAAAAAGUGUAUUAAUCACUUUAACAUUGAAAUCAUUCAAAAAUCUGUUUGAUUUCUCCGGCGGCACGCGUUGACUCACCCCAGAGUUAGAUGGAUGCGUCGAUGGGACGCAUGAUGAUUCAAGCACUCAUACCCAAUUUCUUAUUGCCCUUUGCAAGUACUGGUCAUAAAGAACACGUUCAUGAAGAAAAAUGUAAAGAUGAAUCAGUGUUCUUCCGGCGGCCGCGUCGCAAAAUGUCAGCCGGAGGGUGGCGGACGCAGAAACGUAUUCUGAGUUUCUCAGAUCGUUCACUCAAAAGUAAGGAAGAAAAACUGUUUUAAAGUUAAUUUUCAGCCGCCAACUUCCCCCGAUUCCCGUCGGACUCGUCGAACCGCUCAUUCCGCCUAGAACCAGAGGGGUUUGUUAUUUUUAUUUGUCUUUUUAAAUUUCAUUAAACUCGCCUUUUUCAGCCGGAAAACCUGAACCGUCUGCCCGGCCAUUUCACAUUUCUGACGAAAGAGUUCGAAUUGUACAAUCGGAAUCUGCUGACCGCGCGUUUAUUGGACGAAACACGCGAUAACGGGGAAAUUGGACAGAUUUUGAAGAUUUGGACGGUGAACGAACGCUCGAAACGGCAGUGGUUGGAGUGCUUUAAAGUACAGGUUAGGGCUGGGACUUUUAUAAAUAUUGGGAAAAAAAUUCUCAAAUUUUUGCAGCUCAACGAAAAAGGUCUGCCGAUCGCCGACUCUGUUCAGUUGAUCCACGAAAAGAAGCUGAAAAUGGUGCCGCCGGCGAAAUCCGAGCAUUCGCAACGCCGAAACGAGCCACUCCUGGAGGUGCGCACCUCGAUCUGGGCCUCCGCGCGUCUCUUCCUCCGCUCGUCCACUCUUUUGCAUUUUCUCGACGAUUUCGGCGCGCAGACACCGAUUUUUCACGUGGCAGUCAAGAGUUUUGCCGAAUCGCAUCUGCUCGAGGGCCAGAUGACCGUGGUCGACUACAGCGGACGCGUGUGGAUGCACGAUAUCGGCGGAGGGAAUCCGGAAAAAGCGGAUAAAUUGGAAACGAAUUCGGAGGAAGUCUGGCAGAUUGUCACGUUUACGGACCAUCCGAAGGUGGUGGCGCUGGCCGGAAUCACGCACGUGGAUCUGGUCGACACACGGUCCCGCUCGACCAGGGAAUUGUGGCGGAGCCCGGAGUUCGAAGUGCGCGGACUCAAAGAGCCCCAAUACUUACAGGCCACGGCCCCCGCUCCGGCGAUUGUGCGCCACGUGGCACGAUGCCCACGGACCGCCAACAACUUUCUUGUGAUGAGUGAUCGAAAGUGCCAUUUAGUGGACGAUCGGUUUCCCGGACGGUCUGUUCUGGAAGUGAGACACCCGUUUUCGAGUGGGGCACAUCGGUUUGUGGUCGGCGAGACGCCCGAGAGCGACGAAAUUGGCGACGGAGAGGUGAGAAGGCAAUUUUUGAGGCGGAAAUAUGAAGAAAAAUUAUUGUAGGUCUACUCGAUGUACUGUCUGGACCAGCUGAGCGUGCUCGACUCGUCGCUGUCCGUCGCGAAGCUCUACCAUCACGCGGGCGGUCUCUGGUCGUCCGCUCACGCAUUCCGGUCCCUCGGCGAACCGCACGACUUUAAUCGGACGGUGCGACGCGGAAAACACACGAAAGGCGAGCGGAUCGUCGCGGAACCGACACGCGCGUUCCAUUUAGUGGAGAAUCCCGCCCGGAAGAGCACACUUUUGCUGAGACAAACGGACGAUGGGGCCGUUUGGUGGCAGGCGCUGGUCAGUGGGACCAUGAAGGACCGGAAGAGGAUCGGAUGGGAACGGAGGAGUGCGGAAAGGAUCGCGGAAGGACGACGGAAGGACGCGGAACAGUGGAAACGGGAGGAGUGGCGGCCCGUUUAUGCGGACGAAAUGGGCGAGGAGGUAAAGGAGACGCCCGCGCAGAGGAGGUAAUUCACACGGAGGUUCAAGAGUUACGAAAGCUUUUGCGCUCGAAAAUGGCUCUUGGCACGGUGCCAGCCAAAAACGUUCGAAAACUUUCAGUGCUUUCCAUUUUCAGAAUCCGAUUGCACGUCGACGUGCCGGAAGUGGAUCGCCGGAUGAUCGCCAAAUGUACACACCGCGCAGUGGAGGCCCAACGCAAAGGCGCCGCCCAAUUCCACGUGGACACCCGCGAAAUCGCCGAAAAAUUGGUCGUUCUGGCGUUGGACGACGAGAACAGCGUGCUUUCGAAGAUCGCCCUCGACACGUGGGCGGCGGCCGAAAAAAAGGCGACGGAAGCGAAUCUUCCACCCGUUUAG